AUGCCCGAGUCUGCCUCCUCGUCGUCUGCAACAACGUCUGCAUCCAGCUUACUCGACGACCACGAUGAAAGUGUUCGUAUCGCCGUACGCGCUCUCGGCGAUAUGAGGAACAAUGCUCGUGCUUCCUCUGCCAUGUCCUCUCAAGUAACUUCAGUCUCAUCAAUGGCAUCGCCCUCAUCACCGCCCUUACCAUCACCGGCACAGACACAUGAAGAUUCCAACUCGCCAGACUUUGUAUCCCGAGUGUCCCACUUUCCUAUUGUCAACACUGCUUUGCGGGCAUAUGAGCAUGGAAAAGCUAGCUCACGAGUCGUCAAAUACGGCGCAGAGAUGAUGGAGUCGUCUGUAAAGACCAUAUCUCGCCCUGUGAUUGAGAGAUUGCCGGUAAAUGUUAAUCAGCUCGAUGAAUUUGCUUGUAGGCAGCUAGACCGGCUUGGCAGAUAUCGCCGUGCUUCCAGUAAUGACUUGGAACGAAUGCAAACUGAUGAACAAGACGCAUAUACCAGAGAUCACCCUCCAUCUCCAAUCCCAAGGAUUCAAGCAGUCACCCCACCUCAAUCAACUAGCAAUUCAAAAGCGUCCGCAGACCGACAAGGAUGGCUCGAAACCAACAGCCCCUUUGUCCAUCCUCCGCCACCGCCACCAACGGAAAGCAGGACACCAACUCCUCAGAGCCGAGAAGACUCUGUCGAACAAAAUCAGCAGGAAGUCGUACCGCGCAGCCGUUGGCAAAAUGUACUUCUAGAAGCUGGAGGCAUUGGCGCAGCUGUGAGCGAGGAAAGCAUGCGCAGGCUUAAGUAUUGUCUGCAGUGGCUUCAGUAUGCUACGUCCCACAUCGACGCUCAAAUCCUCAUUCUUCGUGAUUUCAUGGUCUCCCUUCAAAAUACGACCUCCUCGUCCUCUUCGCCCGAUGCCAUCAUCUCUGCCACCCAUAUGCGCACUCUAAUGGAUGUGAGACGUGAUGUAGUACAUACUAUCCGUCAGGUAGUCGAUGUCGUUAGCAAAUAUGCUGGCGGUGCAUUGCCGGAGCCUGCACGCACUCGUGUCAGGGGGUUCAUCUUACACCUCCCACAACGCUGGGCAAGUGCAGCCUACAUGAUGGCCGAUGGCCCCGUCACAGGUCAUAGUUCGAGUGCAUCAGUGGGGGCUGCUGGAGGCGGUACAGGAAGGAGAAGCCGUGCUUCACGCUAUCAACAUCACCGGGAGAGGGGUGCUGGCUCUAUGGCAGGUUCUAAUCUCUCUACUCCAGCUUCCUCCCGCGCUUCAUCACCCAUGUCGUCUCCACGCAUCAUGCCUCGUACAGCAGGCGUACCGCCCACCGCGAGUGCGGCAACGCAAGCCGCACAGCGGAUAUUAACUCUUGCCACAGAAAGUUUGGAUAUGAUGAGAGGUGUGACAGGCGUCGUUAAAGAGAGUCUUGACAGAGCCGACGCAUGGGUUGAGCGCCUACGUAUUGUUGGACUUCAACGGCAACAACGAUUACAUGAUGACAAUUAUGAAGAGGGAUCACCUCGCGGAUCUGUUGAUUCGUCACCCCGCUCUUCUCACCAUCAUCGGCGCUCCGAUAGACAUUCUCUUCCAACGCUGUCGUCCACUCUCUCGUCGCGGUCGGCAACACCUGCGCAAGGUGGUACGCCAUAUUCAUCCGUUCCUUCUACUCCCGUCGAAUCUGCGUUGGGUCUGGCUAUCGGUGAUGGUCCAGGCCUGUCAGCGGCAACCUCGUUAAGUUCAUUGUGCCUCGACGGGUAUGAGACUCCCCGAAGUAGCAUGCGCAGCUUGAAGGGAGAACAGCUAGCAAAAAGGGGGAGCAGUAGUGGCAGCGAGAGAGAUGAUUCUGACAUGUACGAUCGUAAUGACGGCGGCGACUUGAGAAAGGAAAAGGAAAGUAUCAAAGUAGAAAUGGAUGUGGAUGGAUAA